GUCACUCACCUCCCGCUCCCGACGCUUGGUGUUGGCGGAAGGAAGCGGCUGUUGGUGACGGUGCAAAGAUGAAUACCCGAGGAUUUGGAUCCCAGCUGAAAGAUAGUAUUCCAGUCCCAGAUUUUUCAUCUCAUGGAUCAUUUGAAAGCCAUGAUACCUUAAGGAAAGGCUUUACAAGUGCAAAGAGCGAACUUUUUCCUGUUCAUCCAUUGGAGCUAUCAGAGAAAAAUCUUCCAUUGAAUGAAGAUAAAAUGAAUUUUUCUACUCUGAGAAAUAUUCAAGGGCUGCAUGCACCACUGAAAUUACAAAUGGAGUUCAAAGCUGUGAAACAGGUUCAGCGGCUUCCUUUCCUUCAUAGCUCUAACCUGUCAUUGGAGAUCUUGAAAGGCAACUAUGACUCCAUUGGUUUUGAGGAUAUUCUGAAUGACCCAGCACAGAGUGAAGUAAUUGGAGAUCCUCAUGUGAUGAUGGAGCACAAACUUGGUUUAUUAUAACAUUCACAUAGUCCAGAUUUACUGUACGUGAAAAUGUUUAUUGCCUGUGUCCCUGUAGAUUCAAUUAAACCAUAUUACAUGGCAGCCGUACAAUAUUUGUGUUUAUACACAUGAUCUCUUACCUACCUUGAUGAAAAGGCACAUUAAAUGCUUGAAGUAUGUUGACAUUUGUACUGUGUUUACUGUCAAUUUAAAUGUCUUGUAAUUGGAUUUUUUCAAAUACCAGGAAAUUGGUAUCACUAUUCAGGGAUAUAGUUAACUUCAUGUCUGCAUUGUAGAAACCUGCACACUAAAAAGUAUAGAAACAGGACAUUUUAAAAAAUGAUUUUAAAAAUAUUAGAUUGGAUGUUCUUUUGCAACUUAUAACCCAGGUAUUUGCUGUUGAAUCUUUCUCUGUUCUUGAUGACUUGACAUCUUUUAAAACAGUGAAUAAAAUUUUCUAUAAAUGCUU